GAUCGAGCCACAGAGAGACAGAGAUUGAGCCACAGAGAGACAGAGAUCGAGCCACAGAGAGACGGAGAUUGAGCCACAGAGCAAGAGAGAGAGAGGGGAAACACGGCGAGACAACUCGACACGCCAGAGCACUAUUUUGUUUUUCCCUGUGGUGGUUGGACGAUCUCUUUUUUUUUGCCUGCCGCAGUUAAAGAGAUUGAGAGGCCGGGGGGUGGGGGAGAGAGAGGGAGGCAGGUUCAUUGGUACAUUUGCUUUGCGUGUGUGUGGUCGCUUAUAUCACCGCUCCACACGCCACCACCACCACACUUUGUACACCGUGCCGCUUUACAACAGCCACGCCAGAACGCCGGACUUUGCCGCUCUCGCUCCAAGCUUCCGUGUUGAGCACGCUUCGGCGUGGUAAGGAACACGUCGCGGAACGUCGGACGAGAGAGAGAGAGAGAGCUCGAAGCAUUUGCGGGAGUGGUGGGAGGGUUUGUGGCGAUAAUCGAAUCAGCCACAUAGAAGAGAGCGACACACACAGUGACACACAGAGAGAGAGAGAGACAUAGAGAGACACAGAGACACACACACAGCGCCUAGCUAUCGAGCUGUCUAAAAAAAUAUAUAUUUAAAAAACCGCCACAAAGACAGAGAGACUUGCCCAUUCUCGCCCUUUUUAACAGCCUGGUCGGGCAGAGCUCUGCGAGUCGAGCCACCUGAACGCACACACGGAAAGCCACGGGCGUUCAGGCGCAGCUUAACACAGCAAGAAGCGCCGAACGAGAAGAGCACCACCAGCACCAUCACCACCACCACCAAACAACCAACCCCACCAUCGCCAUCAUCAUGGCUGAUACCAUGGACGAAUUCUUUGAAAAUCCAAAUCGCUUCGCGCGCAAGGGAGCCCUGAAGCAGAAGAACGUCCACGAGGUGAAAAACCACAAGUUCAUCGCCAGGUUCUUCAAGCAGCCCACCUUCUGCAGCCACUGCACCGAUUUCAUCUGGGGGUUUGGAAAACAAGGCUUCCAGUGUCAAGUGUGCAGCUUCGUGGUCCACAAGCGAUGCCAUGAGUUCGUCACCUUCUCCUGCCCUGGCGCCGACCGAGGGCCCGACUCUGACGAUCCCCGCAGCAAGCACCGCUUCAAGGCCCACACCUACGGCAGCCCCACGUUCUGCGACCACUGCGGCUCACUGCUCUACGGCCUCAUACACCAGGGCAUGAAGUGCGACACCUGCGACAUGAACGUGCACAAGCGCUGCGUGGUGAUGGUGCCCAGCCUGUGCGGCAUGGAUCACACGGAGAGGCGCGGGCGGAUUCGCAUCGUCGCCGAAGUGACCAACGCCGAGAAGCUCGUGGUCAGCGUGAAGGAAGCCAAGAACCUGAUUCCCAUGGACCCCAACGGCCUCUCUGACCCCUACGUGAAGCUGAAGCUGACCCCCGACCCCAAGAGUGAGAGCAAGCAGAAGACCAAGACCAUCAAGGCGAACCUGAACCCCGUGUGGGAGGAGCACUUCACCUUCAAGCUGAAGCCGACGGACAUCGACCGCCGUCUCUCCAUCGAGGUGUGGGACUGGGACCGCACCACCCGCAACGACUUCAUGGGCGCGCUCUCCUUCGGCGUGUCGGAGCUCCUCAAGGCGCCCGCCAACGGCUGGUACAAGCUGCUGAGCCAGGAGGAAGGGGAGUACUACAACGUGCCCAUCGCUCCCGACAUCGAGGAUGGAGACACCGAAAUGCGUCGCAAGUUUGAGAAAGCGCGCCUGGGCCCCAGCGUGAAGCCGCGUGCGUCUGAUGAGCGCCGUGCGAACAGCCUCUCAGCCAUCCUCAACAACGCCAACGUGGACCGAGUCAAGGCUGACGACUUCAACUUCCUCAUGGUGCUGGGCAAGGGCAGCUUCGGCAAGGUGAUGCUUGCGGAGCGCAAGGGCACGGACGAGCUGUACGCGAUCAAGAUCCUCAAGAAGGACGUGGUCAUCCAGGACGACGACGUGGAGUGCACCAUGGUGGAGAAGCGCGUGCUGGCGCUCUCCGAAAAGCCGCCCUUCCUCACCCAGCUGCACUCCUGCUUCCAGACCAUGGACCGCCUGUACUUCGUGAUGGAGUACGUGAACGGGGGUGAUCUCAUGUACCAGAUACAGCAGGUCGGGCGCUUCAAGGAGCCGCACACCGUGUUUUAUGCCGGAGAGAUCGCCGUGGGCCUCUUCUUCUUGCACACCAAAGGAAUAAUUUACAGAGACCUGAAGCUGGACAACGUGAUGCUGGACGCAGAGGGUCACAUCAAGAUCGCCGACUUCGGCAUGUGCAAGGAGAACAUGUGGGAGGCGAUGACGACUCGCACCUUCUGCGGCACGCCCGACUACAUCGCGCCCGAGAUCAUCGCGUACCAGCCGUACGGGAAGUCCGUGGACUGGUGGGCGUUCGGCGUCCUGCUGUACGAGAUGCUGGCCGGACAGCCGCCGUUCGACGGGGAGGAUGAGGACGAGCUGUUCCAGUCCAUCAUGGAGCACAACGUCUCCUACCCCAAGUCCAUGUCCAAGGAGUCCAUCUCCAUCUGCAAGGGGUUCCUGACCAAGCACCCGGGCAAGCGGCUGGGCUGUGGGCCUGAGGGCGAGCGAGACAUUCGCGAGCAUGCCUUCUUCCGGCGCAUCGACUGGGAGAGGCUGGAGCGACGCGAGAUCCAGCCGCCCUUCAAGCCCAAGACGUGCGGGAAAAACGGUGAAAACUUCGACAAGUAUUUUACACGCGCGCCGCCCGUGCUGACUCCGCCGGACCAAUACGUAAUCGCUAACAUCGACCAGAGCGACUUUGACGGAUUUUCCUGCGUCAAUCUCAAUUACUUGAUCUAUCCGCCGGUUCAGCAGCAGCUGAUGCACACGAUGCUCCAGCCGACCGAGGUGUGAAGCUUCCCCGCGUACACCCCCCCCCCCCCCAUAUCCCCGCUACGUUUGUCUCCAAGGUAGUGGGGGGGGGGGGGUGCCCAGGGACCUGUGAAAUUUGGGCAGCCCCCCCCCACCUUGCUCCUCUCUGUCUCUCUCUCUGUCUCGUUGUGGGUUUUUUUUUUACUUACAUGUGGCAAACGGCUUAAGGGAUGAUUCUUGCUGUCGCCAGUUGACGCGUCAUCAUCGUCGUCAUUGUUGCUUAUUGUUGUUGCUGGUUUGUAAGUCGCCGGCGAAACGUCACGGCUACUCGAAGUGUCAUCGUCGUUGUGGGUGAUGAUUUUCUUUUUUUUUUUACUCCCCAACACGCGACCGCCCAGUGCCGAACCGGUAACUUUUAAUUGCCGCGCUCUGGUUGACGUGACGACGAACACCCUUCUUCACCGAUUGGCCGUGUCGGGUGGCGGCGGCGGGCUUAACGACGCGUUUGCACUCGCCCAGCUUAAGGGGGAGGAGUUACUGUGCGCAACGCGUUAGCGGCGGCAACGGCGGCGGUGGUGACCGCCGCCAAAACGGCUCAGACGGAGAAUGCUGCCGCUGUUGGCGACGAUGAUUUGAGCGCGCUUUGGUGCAUCCGCGUCAGCUGUCGUGGCGCAAUGGGGCGAACGUCGCGAAGGAAGGGCGCCGGCGACGCUGACGCUACUGCUGCUGCGCGCGGCAUAUGAUCUUGACCAUCGCGAUGGCAAUUGAAUACAAUGAUAAUAAUAAUAAUAAUGAGAAGAAACAUUUUGUGGGCGAAAUCGCAUCAACACGGCAUAGUGCGGCGCGCAGGCCCGGAGCAAUUUCGUUCUCAAUGAAGCGCGCAGGCGACGGCGCAGACUCCCAUCCGUGAGCUAGACAAUGACGCCGUACGCUUGCGCGCCCAUCACGCGGCCACGGCGCUCUCUCUCUCUCUCCGCGCGCGCGCGCGCCCCGCAUGCGUUUCACCGGCUCAAACGGCGUCAGCAACAACAGCGACAGCAGCGGCAACAACAACGAGCAAAGGCAGCAACACAGCCGCACGUUCAGCUCUCCCGAGUCGGUGGUCCAGACAAGGCCGAGAGGGCGUAGCUCGUGCGGCGGUGGGCACGUGGCACGCAGACAAGGGCAUGGGGCGGACGGAUGGACGGACGGACGGACGGACGGGGGGAGAGCCGUGCCUUCCUGAUGCCGUCCGUGACCAGCAGCAGCAGCAGCAGCAGGGGCACCAUUUGCGAGUCGCUCAAUCUUAUCGGUGCGAAUGAUCGACGCUCGUUUGUCUUGUAACUUAACCGGUGCCAGCUUGGCACGAAUCACAGUGCCCACGCGCAGUCCGCAUGGGACACUCUUGUUGACCCGGCCGUUUUUUUUUUUAAUUCGCGAAAUGUUGAAUUAUUCCCCGUGGCGGCAAAACAAGCCGGCCGGCCAGCCAGUUGAGACCGAAAAAGCUCGCCUGGCUUGCCUGGCUCAGGUGGCUUGGCUGGCUCGCCUGGCUUGGCUGGCUCGCAAGCGUUUAAUAAUUUACCCGUUACGUUUUUAAUAAUACAUGUAAACGGGGUGACCGGGUCGGAGCGUAUGGGACGAGACGGCCCACGCCCUCCGACGCCCCCAACGCCCAUCAAAUGCAACUCUGGGACGAUUAUAAUAAUAAAUAAAUGAAAUUCUAAUGAUGACAACAAUAAUUUAGUGGGAUUUGGUGUUGGCAAAAUAAAAAAAAAAUAGUAGAAGCAUCUUUAAAUCGAGACCCGUUUUUCUUCUCCAUCGGCGUCGACGCCAUCGAUAUAUUCGUUUCGUUCCGUUCGUCCGUGGGCUGCCGCUGCUGCUGGAUGCUCUGUCACGUGAUGCCCUAUCGAUGACGAUGAUGACGACGACGACGAUGAUGACGUUGAUGAUGACGAUGAUGUUAGUGGCAACGAUUGUCUUAAUUAUGGUAACAACCGGCGUUUGCCAUAUGUGUAAGAAAAAAAUAACAACGGGGAAAACUAAAAUCCAGUGUCACUAUGGGAGUGGUUUUUUGAUUUUUUUUUACAUGUGCAUUACUGUGUGGGGAGGUUUGAAGGUAUUGUCAUAAACAUAAUUAUAUAUUAAAACACACACACACAAAACAUGUGAACAGUAUAUAUAUAGCUGUACGUACAUGUGUACUUUACAUAAAACAAAUAAUGAACUACGUUUACAAUGGGUAGGUUGGGGAGACUUUUAACGUUUCACAAUCUCUAAUGAGGUAACUAUCGUGCUUUUGUGGCUUGUUUGAUUGGUACUUUUCCUGGCAAACGCCAAGCAACGCGUGGGGGGGGGGAUUUUGCGCUAAAGUUUUUGUAAGACAAAACACAAAAAACACCAACAUCUGCCAUAACGCCGUUUGUUCCCCAUUUUUUCCCCACUCGGACAGAAAUCGGCCCCCUUUUCUCUCGGUUCUUGGUUUUUCUCUCUCGCUCUCUCUAAGCUAAGAUUCGUGUGUGUUUGGUUUGGGUUGGGCGGUUUGGUUUUUUGUAAGUUUGUGGAACGUGUUCAAAUCAAUGCGGAUCUCCGGUUUAUUUUCUUUUUUAAAGUUCGUGGAAUCGUGUUUUCAUCAAAUUGGAUCUCUGGGUUUUUUUAACGUUUGUGGAACGUGUUCGAAUCAAAUCGGAUCUCCGCAAAGCUACUAAAUCGGAUCUGGAGCUGACGUUAAAAAAGAAAAGUCCUCCAACCGGAGGAUUACUCCAGAUUAAAAAUGUGAAUCAAAGAAACAACAAAAACCGUGUUAAGUAUUGAUGCUCGCUUUGAUGCGGUCCCUUCCCAUGUGUACUCGAGGCGUGCCCGUUGUGCAGUGUCGUUCCGCUCCGUGUCCGACGUUUUGCCGCACGUGCCGGGGUCCUUUGUCAGGAACCGAGUCGAGCAAACCUUGACGUCUUCUCUGCCCCCCGAUUGUAAAGCGUCACCCGCUGCUGCUGCUGCUGCUGCUGCUUCUGCUGCUGCUGCUAGCUGCUGCUAGCUGCUGCUGCUGCUGGCGUUACCAGUUCCUAAACGCGCACAGCGGCCAUCGGCCAAUAUUUGGAGGCAUUUCUUUUUUAUGUAGCUAAGGAGAAACGCUCCCCGGCACGCGGCACGAAACGUCGGACGUCGUGCCGAACCAACGCGCAUCGCCGAGAGAGAGAAAAAAAAAACGUGGGGGGGAGAGCCACACGGCAGCAAUGGAAACGACCGUGGCGUAACUCCCGUGCUACGCAGUACAAUUAUUGUCGAUUCGUUUUCGUUUGUAAACCCGCAUGUGCUCCGGCGAGUGUUAAGUCGAAAAAACAACAAAUGUAACUUGAUGAUGUGGUUUUUUUUUUGCUUGUGCUGGCAAGACUCGCUGCUGUCGGCACGCAGGAGUCUUAAAGGCGUGUUCUGCCAUCGGACUUUUUAUUCGAAAGUGCUAAAAUCUUCGGUGGGUUUUUGUUGUUGUGAGGUGUUUAAAUUCAAUUUACCUCGACGGGUUGAACGCCACUGGCAAUGUCCUACUGAGCCCUAAACGCCGCUCUGCCAAUUUUUCUUCAGGUGGUUUUCGUCAGACCAAAAUGGGAUUCCCUCCCCCAAACCCCCACCCCCUGAGUGAAUGUUGUUUUCCCUUCAAAAGACCCAACACAAAACCCUACAGGACUCGUGAUUCAAAUGUCUUACGCAGACAGCAAACAAACAAGAACUAAAAUUUUUCAGUCUAAAUUUUCUUGGGUUACCGUUUACCCUGGGAAAUGUGUUUUCAUGCCAUGUUACCACGAGUUUUAUUCUUUUGUUAUCAUUUUUUACAUCGAUGUUAUUACUUUCUCUUUCCCACCCCCACCCACCCCCCCCCCCCCCCCCCCCCCACCCCAAUUGUUCAACACGACUUUUCGAAAUGUAUUUUCCCCAAAUUUUGUGAAUAACUCCCCUCUCGGCAGAACCCCAAACAACCCAAAUGACCGCCGACCCCAUCCGUCACCCCAGGCCGGUGUGCACUGCGUCCUGGCUAGAGGACGGUGGGCUGCCCACUUGAGAGCGGAAGGGGUAUAGGGAGGGAGGGGGGGGGUCCCCUUUAGUUGUAGACUUCCGCGAGGCAUCAACGACCCCCCUGCCCCCCCCCCCCAGCCCCGGGUUGAUAACGUGAGAUGAGAUGACGUGCACGCGCUUUGAGGGGGUGGCCCCCCUUGGAUUUGCCGAGGCAUUUCAAGUGCCAUACAUGAAUAGCGGAAUGCGCAAAUCCCCCAAUCGUGUGAAAGUGGACCGUUGCAAAAGCAAAAAAACAAACAAAAAUCCUCUUUGGGCAUACCUUGGGGAAUGAAGGUGCGUUGAGCUUUUUUUGUGUCUUUGUUAACUAACAAAAAAAACUAUAUAAAACAACAACAACAAAGGUGUUAUUUUGUCAUAGAGGCUUCUUAAGAGACGGGUAAAUAACCAGCGCCGGUACCUCGCCCCAAUCGGCGUUCAUAAUGAUUUACCAGCAGACUAGUUCCUCCAGUGUCGUGUCAUCCAACGCACGCUUGCAAAGUAUUUCUUCAGACCGUCGAGUCAGCCCCUCGUCUAUGAAGCGUAAGUAAAGACUGCGUAUGCGCAGCGCGUGGAUACUGGGAUACGAAUAAUAAUCGUGGUGAUAUGGUUCGUCGCAGAAAUGACUGCCGUAGGACAGGGGGGUGGGGUGGAGGUGUGUGAGAAAUUAAUAAGUGAGAGGAAGACUCGUCGAGUUGGUAGAAA